AUGCCUGCCGGCAGUGCGUGCGGUUCUGCGCCUCGGGCCCCCCUUGUGCAGGCCCAAGGCGACAUGCCAGUGCCUGAGCACUAUAUGGUCAUGCUGAAGCCAGGUGUAUCGAGCGCCGCAUUUCUCGCGCACCGCGCCGCUGUAGCGCAGUUUGUCCUGGCAUCGAUCCCAGGUGUUUCAUCGGACGCCAACUUUGGGUUCCGCCACAUCUACGAUAUGGACUCGCACCUGCAGGGCUAUGCGGGGCGAUUCUCGCCGGCUAUGCUGCAGUACAUCCGCGCGCAGCCGGAGGUCGACUACGUGGAAGUCGACUCGAUCGUGCGCGCGACUGUGCUCGAGCAGGACGACCGGUAUGUGAGCGAGAUGCCGCCCGCUGCUACCGCGCAGACGAUGCCGUGGGACGAUCCGCUCCGCCACCUGACAGAGGACGGCGCGCCGUGGGGCCUCGCGCGUAUCUCUCACCGGCGCUCGCUGAGCCUCGGCACCUUCAACAAGUACGUGUACGAGUCGGCUGCGGGUGAUGGCGUCACUGCCUACAUUAUCGACACGGGCAUCCGCGUGGACCACGAGGACUUUGGUGGGCGCGCGCGAUGGGGCACGACGAUCCCCGAGGGCGACACCGACGAGGAUGGGCACGGCCAUGGGACGCACUGUGCGGGUACGAUCGGCUCCACGACGUAUGGCGUGGCCAAAAACGCGGAGCUUGUGGCUGUCAAGGUGCUGAACUCGGAGGGCCAGGGCGCCAUGUCGGAUGUCACGGCGGGUGUGCUGUGGGCCGUCGCAGAUGCACAGGAGCGUACACGCCGGAUGCGCGCGCGGCCCUGGUUGCCCGCGGCGCGCAAGCACCGCGGUUUUGUUGCGAGCAUGUCGCUCGGCGGCGCGAAGUCUCCAACGCUCGAGCGGGCGGUGAAUGGCGCCGUGUCCGUCGGAAUGCACUUUGCUGUGGCUGCAGGCAACGAGAACCAAGACGCAUGCAAUGUGUCGCCCGCCUCAGCGAAGCACGCCGUGACCGUCGGCGCAUCGACGAUUGCGGACGAGCGCGCGUUCUUCAGUAACAAGGGCUCGUGUGUGGAUAUCUUUGCGCCUGGCCUUGGCGUGCUAUCGACGUGGAACGCGGGUCCGCGCUCGACGAAUGUCAUGUCGGGCACGUCGAUGGCUACGCCGCACGUGGCCGGCCUGAUGGCGUACAUGCUGUCGAUCUACGGCACGGAGGACUUUGGGCUCGUGGCCGAGCCGCCGCAGCACACAUGGCGCGCGUGGGUGCACGCCCUCUCCCGCAUGAUGCCAGCGCCAUUCCAGGUGCUGCUGCGGUCGCAUGAGACGCUAUGGCCGGCCAUGGAGGUGCCGGGCGCUGCGGUACGGAGCGUGGAGAGCCGCCUGACACCGGCGCAGCUCCGGCGUGCGAUGCGCUCGAUGGCGACGGCCGGUGCGCUGACGGACCUGGACCCGGAUACCAUUAACAAGUUGGCCUACAACAAUGCAACAAGCGUAGCGCUUUAA